CUAGGCACGAUCCAAAUCGAGCAGGUCGGUCGAUGCUUGCUGCACGUACUGGCUUGGAUGAGAACGUCGAUCAAGUCUGAGUCGCUUCAGAGCCAUCAGACUGUUUUGCAUCUCUAUCAUCGUCAUCAUCAUCUUACGCCUCUUCCACGAUCCUAUACGUUCACACUCGUCUCCACUGCUCUGAUUUCUUGGCCGAGCGCUACUGGUCCCGAUCUCCAGCCAAAGCACCUCUUGCUUUAUCCUCACUAAGUCAACAUGUCGGAGCCUUAUGACCCAUACGUUGCGCCCUCGGGCAGCGGUGCCCAGGGUAACAACAGGACUGCGGCUAUUCAGCAGCAGAUUGAUGAGACGGUUGGAGUGAUGAGGGACAACUUGCAGAAGGUGUCGGAGCGUGGCGAGGGACUCAACGACUUGCAGGGCAAGACUGAUAACCUCGCGGUUUCAGCGCAAGGUUUCCGUCGUGGUGCCAACCGAGUCCGCAAGCAAAUGUGGUGGAAAGACAUGAAGAUGCGCAUCAUCAUCAUUGUGGGCAUCAUCAUCCUGCUUUGCAUCAUCAUCAUUCCCAUCGUCGUCAAGACUUCUGGCAAGUAGCGCUCUUGCCCAUUCACCUGUGCAAUCGUCAAUAUGCGGGUCCUGUUAGGCGAAAUCUGUCCGACAUCCCUCCCUUGAUGAAGUUUCGGCAGCCUUACGAGUGCCUUUACUGCCUGUGGUGCCGCAUUGAGCGCCUAGGACCUGAUUCUUCGCCGUCGUGGUCGCCACUGCGGCUCUAUUCUUGUUGUCGGCAAGUGCACCCUUUUACGUUUCGUAGCUCGAGAGAUGAUCUUCAAUGUCAUAUCGCGGACCGUGUUCUGACGAGGCAUUGGGUGAGGAUGAGCUUGCCAAGUGCUGAGCGAGCAGCAGCGUUGCCGUGUUUGGGUUCAGACUGCAGUUCAAGCUCGUUACAAAAGUGCACGAGUAUUUGCAAUCAAAGAGUCCGAG